AUGAAAGCGACAAAAGACAUCCGUGUUGGGCAUAGGCUUGCUGCUUGGUUUCCGGGGGGGAGGCUUGGGUAUGAUAGGUGCCUCGUGCACCAGGACAUUCUCGUAAGUAGUGUUGAGGGUGGUGAAGACCUUGAACCUAGGCUUAGGUGUGAAGGGGAGUGGCGCCCGAUCACUUGUCCUAGAAGGGUUGUUUCCACUAGACUGGUGGUGGUUGCCAUGUCUGCCACGCUUGCUAUUACUGAAGUUGAUGGUGCGGGGGUUCAGCCUGUAGAACCAAUUCAAGGCCGUGUCACUGAGGGUGGAAGGGAAGAGGAGGCACAUGCCUUUGUCAGUGAGGCCCUUGCACCCCAGGGCAGACUAGAAAGAAUGUAUGUGGAUGAGAGGAUCCUCCGUGCCAGUGUAGAAGGCGAUGCGGAGUGGCUGAAUGUCUUUCUAGUGGUGGUAAUUAAGGAUGCGUUCGGUGAAGGGCCCGGGUCGUGGCUUCGCCCAGAGGGGCUGGUGACUGCAGUGUUGCUCAUUCUCCGGACGCCGAACCUUCUCGAAGAGAAGCCUCAUGGCCGAGUCGGCAUGAGGGAGGGGCUUGGGUGCUAA